AGCCGUUUUGGUUGAAUUGCUCUCGGUGCGAUUGUGUAUGCGUGUGCAUGAUAAGCAAGGAUACUGAAAAAAAGUGUAACAAAGAGUGCUGGAAACACACAAAAUAGUGAAGACACACUUAAAAUCGUGCAAAGCGAAAGAAUAAAAAACCAAAAAGUUAAAAUAAAUAAUUAACCCAGUGCCCAAAAUGUCGUUUAAAAAGACUUUUUUACCUGCGAAACUAAAAUAUCGCGCCAUCUGCUGGAAUUACGUGUUCGCGCUAUGCAUUUGCCAUCUUUGGCAUACUUGCAACGCCGGCACAGAAAAUCUCACCAACUUUCCUUACACACAACAAGGAUCAGCAGCAGCAUUAUCAGCUGUGUCUGCCAGUAAAUCUUCUGUAGCCGCAUCCACAUCAACCUUAUCUGUCGCUUCUGCCGCGCCCGGGAGUAACACAAAUGCCGGCACACGCACCGUUCUACGCAUCUACGAUGAGUGCAGUCACUCAAUUGGCGGUUUCGUGCCAUGCCUGAAAAAGAAGGCGAUUUCCUUUAUCGACCGCAUAUCGCACAUUGACGCGAUCACCGUGGCGGAAGGCAUUAAAUUGGUGCGUUUGCCGAAUAGUGCUGUAGCCGAAACACCGCUACCACUUCAGCCGCUCUAUAGUGAGAACGAGUUGGAGCCGUCCUUAUCGCGCUCCAGCGAAGAUCGCGAUACAAAAUUAACAAAUAUGCUUAUUGAAAGAUUGAGCUAUUUCUUCAACGGACAUACACUGCAAGUGAAUUUUCCAAAAUUGACAGCUGAGGAAAUAGGGCGUGGUCUUGAGGAAGGUCGUGGCAAGAUGAAGAAAAUGAUGAGCAUGAUGAUGAUGGGCAUGGCCAUGAAAAUGAUCGGUAUGCUGCCGGUUGCCAUGGGUAUGCUUUACAUGAUGGCCGGCAAGGCGCUGAUUGUCUCCAAGAUUGCCCUCUUGCUGGCGGGCAUGAUGGGUAUAAAGAAACUAAUGUCCGGGCGAGGCGGCGGCAAUGGUGGCGGUAAUGGUUGGUCAUCCGGAGGCGGCGGUGGUGGCGGCUGGUCUUCCGGCGGUGGCGGAGGUUAUGAUCGACGUUCACUAAAUGAAGCGCACGAAUUGGCUUAUCGUGGCUAUACUAAUAGGCAGCCAUCUGGUGUGUAUUCGAAGCCGAAGUCAGCACAACAACAAAACUUUCAACAACAAAAAUCACAAGAGCAGGAGCAGCAUCAGCAGAAACAGCAGCAACAACCGUUAUCGCUGCAACAGCAGCAGCAGCAAGUGCAAAAGUCAUAAACAGUAGCCAGCAGAAGUAGUAGUGGUGCAAGUGAUGAAGAGUUAUCGACACCAAUAAGAACAAGCAAUAACUGUAAUACAAUCGAAGUGCAAUAAUAUAAUGCAAGAAUAUACAUAUACAUAUGUACGUAUCCAUUAUAAACACUCAAAGGCAUGAAAAUUAAUGCAUUCACUCAUCAUUCAUCAUCUCAUAGAUGAUGUGUAGCUUCUGAACACAAAUCAACAGUCGCCAAAUUGGCAACAAAGAUAGCUAGCUACACAUUUGUUGUGCAGCAUUUUGUAAUUAGAAUUUCUGCUACUGUUUCGUAUCUUCUGCUCUUUCACAAUAUUCUCUUUCCAAUCCUCUUCUAGUUUCAGUGAGACUUUGGCGCCUUUCCACAUUUCACGCUGUUUCUAUAAGCUCGCCAACUGCAGAGUCAAUGUUUCUUCUAGUAAAUAUUUUCUAUAAUGAUUUUUGUUGUUUUUUGCUAUAAUAUAAACUACAGUUAUUAGUAUGGAUUCAUUGCCACGAACUGCAAUCAAGUCAGCGCUUUUCUUUCAUUAACUAUAGUCUAUUUUUUCUUUUUCUUCUACUAUCUCUAUUAGCUGUGAACUAUGGUGAACUCGCUAUUUUACUUUUCCUCUUUACCACUCAAUUGCACUUACUCUAUGUAGCUCUUUGUUACAGUUAUUUUUCAAUUACCGGUAGUGUUUUAGUUUCUAUUAUUCUAGGUGUACUUCCUUAUUCGCAAACACACUGAAAUGCUUAUGCGCAUGCGUAGAGCUAACUCUAAAUUACUCAUUUCCUAGCACAUUGACAGGCCAUUUUUCAUUAAUUUCACAUACAA